AUGACAGUCCAGCACAAGGAGAAAUUCUGUGAUGUUCUCUCCAAGGAAGAUCCUGAGGAUCAUUUCCCCAACAUUCUGGUGAAGCACUUUCGGUUUUGUGGCUAUGACUUAGAGAUCAAUCAGUACAUGAAUCAAAAAAUCGGGGUCUCAGCUUUCAUCUGGGAAUGCGGCCUCGGGCUCUGCCAGUAUUUUCAGCAGGAGAGGAUGGAUUUCUCUGGGAAGAAGAUAAUUGAGCUAGGAUCAGGCACUGGGAUCGUGGGAAUUCUGGCAGUCUUGCUGGGUGGACAGGUAACCCUGACUGAUGAGUCACAUGCUUUGAAGCAAAUUGAACACAAUGUUUCUGUCAACGUCCCAGAUUCCUGCAGACACUUCCCAACAAUCAGAACUCUUUCUUGGGGAUUUGACCACAUGAACUUCCUCAAUGACUACGACAUAAUCCUGGGUUCGGAUAUUGUGUAUUACCCAUCUGAUUACCCAUUACUGCUGCAGACACUGCAACAUCUCAGCAACCAGAGAACGAUCAUUUACAUAGCAACGCAAAUGAGGGGCUGCCAUGCAACCCGUAGGUUCCAUGAGGAGCUCAUCCCGCAGUAUUUUAAUUCCCACAUUAUUCAAGGAGACUGGUGUGCUAAUAUCAAUCUGUACAAAUUGACACUGAAGAGCCCAAAAACUGGAGAGGAGCUGCCAAUGGAGAGAGGGACAGAGAGAAAUCUACUGUCCAAUUAA